AUGAAGAGUGUCAGGGUCGUGGUGGUGGGAGCAGGUGUGAUCGGAUUCUCCACUGCCGUCUGCAUCGCCGAGGCUCUUCCUUUCUGCUCGGUGACCCUGGUGGCUGAAAGGUUCACCCCGGACACCACCAGCGAUGUGGCUGCUGGGAUAAUCUGGAAUUCUGGUUAUCCAGAUAUUCCUGUGGAGCGACAAAGGCGCUGGUUCAAGGACAAUUUUGACCACUUCUUGGCCAUUGCUCAGUCCCAGCAUGCACCAGAAGCUGGAGUAAUGAUGAGCUCAGGGUGGCAGAUUUUUAAGGAGGUUCCUGCUGAAAAGAAGCCCUACUGGUCAGAUUUAGUGCUUGGCUUUCGACACAUGACCGCCAGUGAGCUGAAACGGUUUCCAGAUCAUAAGUUUGGCCAGGCCUUCACCACCCUAAAAUGUGAAUGCUCCACCUACCUGCCAUGGCUGGAGAAAAGGUUUAAAAAAGCUGGAGGCCGAGUUGAACAGAGGAAAGUCAACAGUCUCCAGGAAUUAAGUGGCUACGAUAUCAUUGUCAACUGCUCUGGCCUGGGCUCCAAAACCUUGGUGGGUGACACCCAGAUGCACCCCAUUAGGGGUCAGAUCCUCAAGGUGCAGGCCCCCUGGCUAAAGCACUUCAUAGACGAAAAUGGAAAGACCUACAUCUACCCUGGUAUACACAGUGUCACUAUAGGCGGCACCAGGCAGGAGGGGGACUGGCGACUGGACGUUGACGAGGGAGACACCAGGAGCAUCAUAGAGCGCUGCAGCAGGCUGGAGCCCUCGCUGAGCAAAGCCAAGGUGCUGAGCACGUGGGUUGGCCUGAGGCCGGGCCGGAGGAAUGUCAGGGUGGAGCGGGAGGAGGUUCUACUGCAGGGCCGCUGGGUGCCUGUGGUCCACAACUACGGCCACGGGGGCGGGGGGGUUACCAUCAGCUGGGGCACGGCCCUGGACGCACUCGGGCUGGUCAGGCAGUGUAUUCAUGAAAUGCCUCUCCACGCUAAACUGUGAACCAAUUCUGCUGCUGAAUACUGCUGCAUUUGCUGCGAAUAACACUGAACAGAUCUACUGUCACAGAGAGGCGCAAAUUGUUUAAGGAUGAUGCCAGUAUUAAAAUGCUCUGUACAUAAGGGAAUGAUUUCAGGAAACACACUGAUGAAAUGUAUUGUAUUUUAAUUUGCUGAGAAUGAUGACU